AUGUUAUCUAUUACUGGAGGAAUUUUAUAUCAAGCAAAAGUGUUGAUUAUAUCAAAUGCCAGAUUUAUUCUUUCUUAUUUUCUACAUUUAGAAUACCUUAUUCUUCCUGAUUUGGAAAUUAAUAUUCAUUUAUCUGUUUUUACAGCUCUUAAUUUAAUUAUGCAAAGAAUAUUGGUAAAUAAUCUUGAGCUUUCGUCUUUAGCCGCUUGUAAUAUGAUAAAGUUUUGUAUAAAACUACGAGAGUUUAUUGAAUUACAUCAAAGUGCUUUAGAAAUUGAUUUAUUUAAUUUAUUUAAUUUAUUUAAUUGUAUUCGAAUUGAUUAUGUUCAAUGUGAUAAGGAUUUGUUGACUAUAGAUGAUAUUGCGUUAUAUUUGCCUAUUUCAAAAGAAAAACUUGGUCCUUUUUUUGUUUUAGUUCUUCUCUGUGCUGUGUAUAGAUUUGUGUCUGGUUACAAAAAGAUCUGA